UUUCCAUUUGGGGAGUCGAUGGCCUUGGCUCAGUUUCCCAUCAGCACAACACCCCGAACCUUAUCUCACCUCGCCUGCGCUUUCUCUUCCAUCCCCUUCUCUCUUUUUAUACAUUCGUCUCUCUCCUCCUCCCCCAUCCAGCCGAUCCCUCCUCCCCAUCCCCCCAACACAAUGUCCACCGCAACCAACACCACCGCUCGCGUCCAGAAGCUGCGCGAGCUUAUGCAGAGUCCCGAACACAACGUUACCGCCUUUGUUAUCCCGUCCGAGGAUGCUCAUCAGAGCGAGUACGUUGCCGAAUGCGAUGAGCGCCGCGGCUAUAUCUCUGGAUUCACCGGCUCUGCAGGAUUGGCUGUUGUCUCGCUGGAGAGUGCUGCCCUUUUUACCGAUGGUCGUUACUUCUUGCAGGCUUCCCAGCAAUUGGAUUCGAACUGGACCUUGAUGAAGUCGGGUUUGCCAGAGGUCCCCACCUGGCAAGAGUAUCUUGUCAAGAACCUCCCUGCUGGUUCCCGAAUUGGUAUCGACCCUCUCGUUUUUACUGCCACUGAUGCCAGCAAACUGGAGGUUGAUCUCGCCAAGGUCGGCUCUUCCUUGGUCCCCACUGCCAACUUGGUUGAUUUGAUCUGGGAGGACCGCCCUGCUCGCCCCGCCAGCAAGUUGAUGAUCCUCUCCACCAAGUCCACCGGCCGUACACACGCCGAGAAGAUCGAGCAGCUGCGCAAGAAUCUCGAGAAGAAGAGCGUUGCAGGCUUCGUUGUCUCUGGUCUUGACGAGAUUGCCUGGUUGUUCAAUCUGCGUGGAUCAGAUGUCCACUGCAACCCCGUCUUCUUUUCCUAUGCCAUCGUCACUCCUGACUAUACCAGCUUGUAUCUGCAGGAAAAGUCCGUCUCGCAGGAAGUCAAAGACCAUCUCGGAUCCGAGGUCGCCAUCAAGCCUUACGAGACCAUCUUUGACGAUCUCCGUGCCAUGUCCUCGUCUUUGAAGGCCAACAACAAGAAGAUCCUUCUCGGAAGCCGCACCAACCUAGCCAUGGCUGUUGCCCUCGGGAAGGAGAACACCGUCGAGGCCCGCUCCCCCGUCACAGAUGCCAAGGCCAUCAAGAACGAGACCGAGUGCGAGGGCAUGCGUCAGUGCCACUUGCGCGACUCUGCCGCCCUCAUCAACUACUUUGCCUGGCUUGAGGAGCAGCUCGCAAAUGGCGUGGAAGUGGAUGAGGCCGAUGGUGCUGAGCGUUUGGAGAAGUUCAGAGCUGAACAGGCUGGAUUCGUUGGUCUUUCUUUCGAUACCAUCUCGUCGACUGGUCCCAACGGAGCCAUCAUCCAUUACAAGCCUGAGAAGCCCAAGGCUGCACGCAUCAAUCCCGACCUUGUCUACCUCUGCGACUCUGGCGGACAGUACAUUGAUGGGACGACUGAUGUUACUCGCACCCUCCACUUCAAAACCCCCAACGCCCACGAGAAGCGCUGCUUCACCCGUGUUCUCCAGGGACACAUCGCCAUCGACUCUGCUGUCUUCCCCGAUGGAACCUCUGGAUAUCUCCUGGAUAUUUUGGCUCGUCGCGCUCUUUGGGCCGAUGGUCUUGACUUCCGCCACGGAACCGGUCACGGUGUCGGCGCUUUCUUGAACGUUCAUGAGGGUCCCCAUGGAUGCGGCACCCGCAUCGCCUACAACGAUAUUCCCUUGGUUCCUGGAAUGACCUUGACCAACGAGCCCGGCUACUACGAGGACGGCGAGUUCGGUAUCCGUAUCGAGAACGUGAUGUUGGUCCGCAAGGCAGACACCCCCAACAACUUUGGUGGACGCAACUAUUAUGGCUUUGAGCACGUUACCCUGGUACCUAUACAGAUCAAGAUGAUCGAACGAUCCUUGUUGACGCACAAUGAGGUCGACUGGAUCAACGCUUACCACGCAGAGUGUCUGGCGAAGGUUUCGUCUUUCCUGGCCCCAGGUAGCCCUGGUCUCAAGUGGUUGCAGCGCGAGGCUGUCUCGAUCUAAAAAGGGGUAAAGCACCGUAGAACAUCAGCAGCGUCCAAUCUUUGUUGUAUAUAAUAUAUAUAUAUAUAUAUAAAAAAAUGGCGAAAAGACAGCAAUUUCGCGGUGCUGAUUGUGGAG